UGAGCAUACACACAGCUAGAAAAUGGUAUUAAGCUGGCCUGAGCAAUCAUGUUCUCUUACAUGUCCUACAUGCUCACAGCAGUAGCUGCUUUGCUAGUGACUUGUGAUGCAUUGUGUAAAUGCCCAGGAAUUCCUGGUCUGUUUGGUAUCCCUGGACUGCCUACAAGAGAUGGUCUGAAAGGACAGUCACAUCUAUCAGGUCUACCUGGUUCUCUGUACACUGAAGUCUGCAACAUUUUAGAUUUGAAACGUCGACUUUCCAGACUUGAAGGCGUGCUUGCUUUGAAUGGGAAAAUAAUAGAAGUAGGAGAGAAAAUACUUGCCAGUAAUGGAAAGGAAGUAGAUUUUCCAUCUGCACUAGAAUCCUGUGAGGAGGCUGGAGGAACUCUUGCAACUCCCACAAACGAGGAGGAGAAUAAAGCAGUUCUGGGUAUUGUGAAACAAUAUAACCGAUAUGCUUACUUGGGCAUUAAAGAGAGUGAGACUUCAGGUCAAUUUAUGUAUAUGAAUGGCAUACCUCUGAAUUAUACUAAGUGGCACCCACAUGAGCCCAAUGGAAAAGGGUCAGAAAAAUGUGUGGAGAUGUACACUGAUGGGACCUGGAAUGACAGAAGAUGCAACCUGUAUCGCCUCACGAUCUGUGAAUUUUAAAGAAUGGCCUUUCAGCCCCCUCAAAUUAUGGAAACAAUGACAUAUCCUGUCUCAGGUUCAGGCAAUUUCUGUGAUUAUUCUAUGUCAGAAAAUCUAAAAUUAAUCAUAUUAUGUUGUGGUUUGGGUUUUUUUUUCCUUAAGAAAAUGCCAAAUGUGGUAGGUGAUUAACUUAAUUA